AUGGUUGCACAACAAUACUCAAGUGCUCCGCUGCGGACUGUAAAGGAAGUCCAAUUUGGACUUUUCUCCCCUGAAGAAGUCAGAGCCAUUAGUGUGGCCAAAAUUAGAUUUCCUGAGACUAUGGAUGAAACACAGACAAGAGCCAAAGUUGGCGGUCUAAAUGAUCCGCGGCUGGGCUCUAUCGAUCGAAAUCUGAAAUGUCAAACUUGUCAGGAGGGCAUGAAUGAGUGUCCAGGUCAUUUUGGCCACAUUGAUCUAGCCAAACCGGUGUUUCACAUAGGUUUUAUUUCAAAAAUCAAAAAAGUUUGCGAGUGUGUCUGUAUGCACUGUGGGAAAUUAUUGCUGGAUGAUCAUAAUGAGCAGAUGAGACAAGCAGUGAAGAUAAAAGAUUCCAAGAAGAGAUUUAAUGCGAUUUGGAGUCUCUGCAAGACCAAGAUGGUUUGUGAGAGUGACGUCCCAUCAGAAGAUGAUCCUACGAAACUAAUCUCAAGGGGUGGUUGCGGUAACGCUCAGCCAACAAUCCGUAAAGAUGGUUUGAAACUUGUGGGAAGUUGGAAGAAGGAAAAGAUCAGUGGAGAUGCGGAGGAGCCCGAGCAGAGAGUUUUGACCAUGGAGGAAAUUUUAAACAUUUUCAAGCAUAUCACACCUGAGGAUUCUUGUCGAUUGGGAUUUAACGAGGAAUUUGCACGUCCCGAAUGGAUGAUAUUGACUGUUUUACCCGUCCCACCACCACCUGUUAGACCUUCUAUUUCCUUUAACGAAUCUCAGAGGGGUGAGGAUGAUUUAACGUUUAAACUAGCUGAUAUUCUGAAGGCGAAUAUAAGUUUGGAAACAUUAGAACACAACGGUGCACCACAUCACGCAAUUGAAGAAGCCGAGAGUUUGCUUCAAUUUCACGUGGCGACUUAUAUGGACAACGAUAUUGCUGGUCAACCACAGGCGCUUCAGAAAUCUGGGCGUCCCGUUAAGUCAAUUCGUGCUCGUUUGAAAGGUAAGGAAGGUCGUAUCAGAGGUAAUUUGAUGGGUAAACGUGUUGAUUUCUCAGCUAGAACUGUUAUUUCCGGUGAUCCUAACCUGGAGUUGGAUCAGGUCGGAGUUCCUAAGUCUAUUGCUAAAACACUCACGUAUCCCGAAGUUGUCACUCCAUAUAACAUCGAUCGUCUUACCUUUUUAGUCCGUAAUGGGCCUAAUGAACAUCCCGGUGCGAAGUAUGUCAUCCGUGAUAAUGGAGACCGUAUAGAUCUACGAUACAGUAAAAGAGCCGGUGAUAUCCAACUACAAUACGGAUGGAAAGUUGAAAGACACAUUAUGGAUAAUGAUCCCGUGUUAUUCAAUCGUCAGCCAUCUUUGCAUAAAAUGUCCAUGAUGGCUCACAGAGUGAAGGUAAUGCCCUACUCAACAUUCAGACUGAACCUGUCUGUCACAUCACCUUAUAAUGCGGAUUUCGAUGGUGAUGAAAUGAAUUUACACGUUCCACAAUCGGAAGAAACUAGGGCAGAAUUAUCACAGCUCUGCGCCGUUCCUUUGCAAAUCGUUUCGCCACAAUCUAACAAGCCUUGUAUGGGUAUCGUACAGGACACGCUUUGUGGUAUUCGUAAGUUAACUUUGAGGGACAAUUUCAUUGAGCUUGAUCAAGUGUUAAAUAUGUUGUAUUGGGUUCCAGAUUGGGACGGUUUAAUUCCAACACCUGCGAUACUGAAGCCCAAGCCAUUAUGGACCGGUAAGCAGAUUCUUUCCAUCGCGAUACCCAAGGGAAUCCACCUGCAGCGAUUUGAUGAGGGCACUACUCUCCUAUCACCAAAGGAUAAUGGUAUGCUUAUCAUUGAUGGUAAGAUUGUCUUUGGUGUCGUGGAUAAGAAAACGGUUGGUUCAUCCAGUGGUGGGUUAAUCCAUGUUGUCACAAGAGAAAAAGGACCUCAAGUCUGCGCUAGACUCUUUGGAAACAUCCAAAAAGUGGUCAACUACUGGCUAUUGCACAACGGGUUUUCCACAGGUAUCGGAGACACAAUCGCUGAUGGGCAAACUAUGAGGGAGAUCACGGAAACUAUAGCAGAUGCUAAGAAGAAGGUCGAAGAUGUAACAAAGGAAGCUCAAGCUAAUUUAUUAACCGCCAAGCAUGGUAUGACGCUUCGUGAAUCUUUCGAAGAUAGCGUGGUUAGAUUUUUGAAUGAAGCAAGAGAUAAGGCGGGACGUCUUGCUGAAGUUAACUUGAAGGAUUUGAAUAAUGUCAAGCAAAUGGUAAGUGCAGGAUCCAAAGGUUCUUUCAUCAAUAUAGCGCAAAUGUCUGCAUGUGUUGGGCAACAAUCCGUUGAAGGUAAGCGUAUUGCCUUUGGCUUCGUUGAUCGUACACUACCGCAUUUUUCCAAGGACGACUAUUCGCCAGAAUCGAAAGGUUUUGUAGAGAACUCUUAUUUGAGGGGAUUGACUCCUCAAGAGUUCUUCUUUCACGCUAUGGGUGGUCGUGAAGGUUUGAUCGAUACAGCAGUGAAGACUGCUGAGACAGGGUAUAUCCAGCGUCGUUUGGUUAAGGCUUUGGAGGACAUUAUGGUGCAUUACGACAGUACCACGAGGAACUCUUUGGGUAACGUCAUACAGUUUAUUUACGGUGAAGACGGUAUGGAUGCAUCACAUAUUGAGAAGCAAUCCGUUGACACAAUUGGUGGAUCAGACGCUGCAUUCGAAAAACGGUACAGAAUUGAUCUCCUCAAUGUGGAGAAUUCACUUGAUCCUCAUCUUUUGGAAUCUGGCUCUGAGAUUGUGGGAGACCUCAAGCUUCAAGCGUUGCUAGACCAAGAGUACCGACAAUUGAUUGAGGAUCGUCGCUUUUUGCGAUCCGUUUUUGUUGAUGGUGAGCCCAACUGGCCGUUACCUGUUAACAUCAGACGUAUUGUACAAAACGCGCAACAGACGUUUAGAAUUGACCAUACGAAACCGUCAGAUUUGAGUAUUCGGGACGUUAUAUUCGGAGUUAGAGCGCUAGAGGAGAAAUUAUUGGUUUUGCGUGGCAAAAGUAAUAUUAUUCAACAGGCUCAAAAAGAUGCCAUAUCUCUCUUCUGCUGCUUGUUACGGUCACGCUUAGCAACCCGUCGAAUCAUUCAAGAAUAUAGGUUAACCAAGCAAGCUUUCGAGUGGGUACUGAAUAAUAUUGAAGUUCAAUUUUUGCGCUCCAUUGUUCAUCCGGGAGAGAUGGUCGGUGUUUUGGCAGCUCAAUCUAUCGGUGAGCCGGCAACACAAAUGACACUGAACACCUUCCACUUUGCUGGUGUCGCUUCGAAGAAAGUUACUUCAGGUGUUCCACGUUUGAAAGAGAUUCUGAAUGUGGCUAAAAACAUGAAAACGCCCUCCUUGACCGCUUACUUGGAACCCGAUUAUGCGGCGGAUCAAGAAAAGGCCAAGUUUAUUAGAUCAGCUAUUGAACAUACCACUCUAAAGAGUGUCACGGUUGCGUCAGAAAUCUAUUACGACCCUGAUCCUCGUUCAACAGUGAUCCCCGAAGAUGAAGAAAUCAUUCAAUUGCAUUUCUCACUGUUGGAUGACGAGACAGAAAAAUCGUUGGAUCAGCAGUCGCCUUGGUUAUUACGUUUAGAGUUGGAUCGUGCGGCAAUGAACGAUAAAGACUUGACGAUGGGCCAAGUGGGUGAAAAAAUCAAAGAAACCUUCAAAAAUGACUUGUUUGUCAUAUGGUCGGAAGAUAAUGCGGAGAAACUUAUUAUUCGUUGUCGUGUUGUCCGUCCUAAAUCGAUGGAUAUCGAAACUGAAGCAGAGGAAGAUCAUAUGUUGAAAAAAAUUGAGAAUACAAUGCUUGAAAACAUUACAUUACGUGGUGUCGAAAACAUCGAGCGUGUUGUCAUGAUGAAAUAUGACCGAAAAGUCCCAAGCUCUGCCGGUGAGUAUCAAAAAGUUCCUGAAUGGGUUCUGGAAACCGAUGGUGUUAACUUAUCGGAGGUUAUGACCGUGCCAGGAGUUGACUCAACGAGAAUUUACACCAACUCAUUCAUCGAUAUCAUGGAAGUUCUGGGCAUCGAAGCGGGGCGUGCUGCUUUGUAUAAGGAAGUCUACAAUGUUAUUGCAUCUGAUGGUUCUUAUGUCAAUUACCGUCACAUGGCAUUACUGGUGGAUGUGAUGACUACGCAGGGUGGACUGACAUCAGUGACGCGUCAUGGGUUCAAUAGGUCGUCGACUGGUGCUUUAAUGAGAUGUUCUUUCGAAGAAACUGUCGAGAUCUUAUUCGAAGCAGGUGCCUGUGCCGAAAUGGAUGAUUGCCGUGGUGUCUCUGAAAACGUCAUUCUCGGUCAGAUGGCCCCAAUUGGUACUGGUGCCUUUGACGUGAUGAUCGAUGAAGAAUCUCUUGUAAAAUACAUGCCGGAGCAAAAGAUUACCGAACUCGAGGAUGGCCAAGACGGCGGCGCAACUCCUUACAGUAAUGAAAGUGGUCUUGUUAAUGCUGAAAUCGACGUCAAGGAUGAGCUUAUGUUUUCACCACUGGUUGAUUCCGGUGCGUCCGAUGCCAUGGCUGGUGGGUUUACUGCUUAUGGAGGUGCAGAUUACGGGACUGGGUUCGGCGAAGCACCAAGCUCUCCGGGCUUCGGUGGAGUUUCAUCUCCAGGCUUCUCGCCAUCAUCUCCAACGUACUCUCCAACUUCGCCUUCCUAUUCUCCAACAUCACCAUCAUAUUCACCAACGUCACCAAGCUAUAGCCCAACGUCACCAUCAUAUUCACCAACAUCACCAAGCUAUAGCCCAACGUCACCAUCAUAUUCACCAACAUCACCAAGCUAUAGCCCUACCUCUCCAAGCUACAGUCCAACGUCUCCAAGCUACAGUCCAACAUCUCCAAGCUACAGUCCAACAUCUCCAAGCUACAGUCCAACAUCGCCAAGCUAUAGUCCAACGUCGCCAAGCUACAGUCCAACGUCGCCAAGCUACAGUCCAACGUCUCCAAGCUACAGUCCAACGUCGCCAACCUAUAGCCCAACAUCUCCAAGCUAUAGUCCGACGUCACCAAGCUAUAGUCCAACAUCACCGAGCUACAGUCCAACAUCACCGAGCUACAGUCCAACGUCUCCAAGCUAUAGUCCAACGUCACCAAGUUAUUCUCCUACUUCUCCUAACUAUAGUCCUACCUCACCCAGCUAUAGUCCCGGUUCUCCUUCCUAUUCUCCAAAUACUAGCGAAAACCAGGAUAGUAAAAGUCAUGAGGACGCCAAAAAAUAA